CAAGGACAAGAUAAGCAAAGACUUAUUUUCUAAAAGGGGUGCUAAAAUUUACACGUGAAAAGCUCCUCAAAGGAAUUUUAAGAAUAGCAAUAUCAUUUAGCAUUAUUUUCAAGCAUAAAUAACCUAUUUGUAAAAACAAAUGUAGCAAAUUGGUUCAAGAAAAGAAGUUCAUGUCAAACAUUUCCCCAUGAAAUGAAAACAGUUAAAGUGAUUCACACUCAACCAGUCAUUCAACACCUGUACAGUUUUCACUCAGUUGUUUUCGAUAGAGCAGGCUGGCACACACUGUGUUUUUUUCUCCUCCUGAUGUUUAUACCGCUGCUGUGUUUCCCGUGAUGUGUCAGCCAGGUGUGUCGUGUUGGAUUGUGACAGGUCUCAUGGUUAUCGGGGACAAGCUGUGACGGACGCACUUUGUCUCUCUUGGCUGGGGGGGUGGGGGGAUAUCUAAGCAGGCUAUGUGCAGCUGUGUGCGUCACGUGGCGUGGAGGCCAUUGCCUUGACGAGGUCCGUGACGCUGAGAAAUGCUAACAUCAUCAGGCAGCCUGUCACAUAAAUCCCACAUCCUGUCCAGCCUCCCAAAGUUUGAUAGCUGCUGGUCUCGGCCCUGACUUCUCAACGGUCUACUUUAGGAGCUCACCUUACCUUCACCUUCAGCCGUGACGCGUGCAGCAACGCUCUGAUUGAGUUAAUUGAAUUGGUGAGCAAAGGUCUGGCAUUUGGGGAGGAGGGAGGAGGGGGAGGAGAGGAAGCGACGUUAGCGCUCCAGCGGGGAUGGAGAUGAUGAAUUUGCCUCUGGGGUGAAGGCUUGAUUCAGUAGAGCAUAUGAGCCGUUUUCAGUGGGUUUCAUCAGCAGAGGCCGGCCUCAUGUUGUUUGGGUUGAGCAGAGGCCGCGUGAGGCCGGCCGAGACAUUUACCAAUACACAUGGUCUUAUGUAAGGACUGCCCUUGCUGUAUGGGAGAGGAAACCUGUCUUAAAUCCUGGAGGAGAGACAUUCUCUGGACAUGAAUUUAAAAUGACCCAAAACCCAAAUUAAAGACAGACAGUUUUUCUCUCUUUGUCAAAGUUGGAGACCUCAGCGCUGGUAUUCUGGGCUGGACCUCUGCCAUUUGAUCACAUGUCUUUACACAACAUUAAUGAGUUUGAAACUUAAAACUUGGAACCUCUUUGAGGUUGGAAUCAGUGCAUGUCUACUGUUAUGUUGCAUCAGCUCUUAUUUUAACAUUUACAAUUGAGAACAGAGGAGACAGGUUUAUGGAGUUUAAAGGAGGAGUACUGUCCCAUUUUAUUUCAGCCACCCAACAGUUUAGGUUCUCCUUUGUCACACCUUUUGUGACUUGAUGCAGCAAAUAUUUUUAUGGAUAAGUUUUUCAUGGCUUCAGACUGGCCAGUUAUGCAUCCAGAUUCUUCUACUAUAGAGCCAUGCUGUUGUCACACAUGUAAAAUAUAGUUCUGUGUCUUCUUGCUGUAUUAUGUAAGGCCUCUCUUGAAAAAAGCAUCUAGAUAGAAGAACAUUUUGCUCCAAAACCUGUUUAUAUACAGCAUUAUUAAAGCCUUCCCAGGUGUAAGCCACCCAUGCCAUUUACACUGAUGCAUCCCCAACCAUCAGAGAUACUGGCUUUUGAACUGUGUGCAAAAUUAAGCCAGGUGGUCCUCUUCUCCUUGGAGUGAAGAAAGAGAGAUAGAGAGAUACUCUAUUGACAGACUCAAGGUCCAUAAACAAAACAAUAAAUACAAGUACAAACAGAAACAAACACAACACUUGAUUAAAAAAAAGAGACACAUUAUGAAACACAUCUAUACCAGUGUCUCCACCAGGGAGAGUGGUAUCGAGUGUAUAGAGUUCUGAGAAUCUGUCAAUCUGUGCAUGAAUUUAUACAUCAGGUUUCUUGAGAUCACAUUAAAAGAGUAAAUCCCAGCAUUACAAAAAAGAACACAGCAGCCGUGAUUUCUAUUGAAUAAGCAAAUCAAACACUGAUUUUUCAGACUACUGAAAAACCACACAGCCAUGCAGUUAUGUCUGUUUUUUCUUUUUCAAAUGUUUUUUGAAAAUUUACAGCAAGAUACAAUACUCUGUAAUUGCUGAGGUACCUCAUUCAUGUGAAAUGGUGACGUAAACAUGGACCUUUAAUCAGUGUUCAUGAAUGUGUGUCGGAAGAACAUUUAACAAACCAUUUGAACAUUUUUGCUCCAGUCAGCCAGAGACGUUAUUCUAUAUUAUCAUUGCAGCCUAACAUUGCCAAUGUAGUAGAAGUGGCAGGUAACAUAGGAGCUGUUCAGCUCUCAGACACUAAUGUCUUUAGGGGCACGAUGAAAGUUAAUAUCAUAUUUAUCUUUCUUACGAGCAUUGCUAUCCGCUAACACACACGCUUGUUCUGCAGUUGUCCUCUCUAUUUCUAUGAGCCUGGCUUGCAUAGGGGGCUCCAGGGGCAGGGCUUGGAUUGGUUGCAUAGGAAAUCUCAUUGUAUCUGAACCUGCCGUUUGGGUCUGCCAGAGAUUCACAAAAAUUUGAAUGCAAAAAUAUUCAGAAAUGCAUUUUCACACUCACUUUUCUGAUGAUUUGUCCUGUAGCAUCAGAAAAAUGCCAUAUGGACAAGUAGACAACAAGAAAAACAUGAUUUUCAUCGUGGGUCUUCAGUGUUUUUAACGAGACAAUGCUCACUUGAUUGACAUUUUCAAGAAACAAUAAAUGUUCACGAUCAUUAGAACAGGCAGCUUCACGCCUCUUUUUGCUUCUUAUGUUGUCGGGGGUAAUGAACUAAUAUCUCUUUGGAGGGACAUUUCAUGCAUGUCUGGUGUUUGUUUUGAUGCCUCUGACAAAUGUCCUUUGUGAGCAACACUGCGCCGAUGAAAAUGAUGCCAGUAUGUUUGUUAGUCAGUCUGUAACCUGUCCUGUGUCUGUUGUUUAUAUAUACAGUCAUCCCAGAACCUGAGCAGACAGAGGAACAGAGGAAGUGACAGGAUGAGGACGCCCACCCCCAAUCCAGUGCACGUGCACAGACACACACAGACAGACAGACACACUGACUCAUACUGCCUCCUCACAUGGGGAACAACAUCCUCUCACUAGAUCACUGUGUGUAUUAGAUUUGGUGUUUGCAUAUAUGAGGCCUCAAAGGAUAACUGGGAUUCGGGAGCAGUGAUGUGUGAGGGCCGAGAUCAGAGGAGGUCAUCAGCCACGCUGAGCUUAGAGGAGUUUGUCCCGAGCUGCAGCUCUACGAGGGAGCGCAUGUGUGUAAUUGAGAGAGGUACAGCUAGAGAGGAGGGGGGGAGGAGGAUGCUCUUCAUUCCAGCAUAUGCCAGGAUGUUAAGGUUUUAUGGCGGAGACAACAGAGGAAGCAAGAAAAAAAAACUCUGAGCAGGUUUUUUUGAUUAAAUGCAGGUAAUGAUGGUUGGAGAGGAGAGAUGGGUGUUUAAUCUGCUUUGUAGUAUGAAAAUGCACGUGCUUCACACCUUAACGAGCCAGCGUUUUCGCACAGAAUUUGCACGCUACUGUUAAUAAGCUCAUAAAGCACCAUUUGCAUGAGCGUAAACAAAUCAGACGGCUAUUUAUAGCGCAUAAGAGCACAUGAGAAUGCCCCCCUUCCAAUCUGUUCCGCCUCCAUAGGGCUUUAUGUUUGCAGAGAUUCAGCUGUUCUCAGAUUGGUUAUGUCUGCUGGGACUGUGCAAACAUCAGUGCUCACAACCGUUCCCUGAAUGGACAGACAGAGGGGCUGCACACAAAGGCUAACAAACACACACACGCUCACACACACACAUGGUCAGUGAUGAAAUUUCAUUGGGAGUGGGGUCAGUGUGGCAGACAGAGAAGGCUGCAGGGACCACGGGCAGCAUGUCGUUGCUAUAAGGGUCUCAAUAUCCAGCAAAUUGCUCUAAUUCCGGAGGAGCAUGAUCUCUUUUCAGCCUUCUCCUCUUCUCUUUGCUCUUAAUCCUAGAAACUCACCCAUUUCAGGGAGCUUGGCAGGGUAAAACCAGGCCAAAGAGCAGGUUUUAUGAGGUCAGGCUGUGGGACUUGGAGCUCAUAGUAUAAACACACCAAGACUGUGUUUAUUUGAAUAUGAAUAUGAGCUGAGCGCUCCUGUGACUCAAACACAUGUGAUCCUGAGCUGAGAAACGUCAUCUUUUCAGUGCCUACGCAGCCAUGCAUGACGUGUGAGUGUUUAUGAGGGUGUGUGUGUGUGUGUGUGUGUUUCUGUGUGUUUGUAGGAAAGAGAGAGAGUCAGGAGUGAGGAGCGUGUCACAGACUCGGGGUCAUAACUUCUGUUAUAACUUCUCAUUGUGCUGCUGGGGGAGGGGGAGUUACGUAACGAAGAGGAAAGGAUGCAUGUAGCUGGCAUGGCUGCACAUGUGUGGAAAUCUGUUUGUGUAUGUAUGUAUGUAUGUGUGUGUGUGUGUGUGUUAUUGGAGCAGAUGAAGCUAGAGUAUCCUUUGAAGACACACGCCCAUCCUUAUUGAUGCAGUUAACUACAUCAAUUAGGGAUGUUUUUUGAGAGGGGUUUUUUGUGUGUGUGUGUGUGUGUGUGUGUGUCUGUUUCUCACUGUCUUUUUUUUUUUGUCCGUGCGUGAGAAAGAAAUCGGGCUGUAACUAUUCAACACACAGGAAACAGAUGGAGUAUGAGGCUUUAGGCAAACCUCAGGGUUAUGACAAGAUGACAACGUAUGACGGAGAUUCAACGGUCUGCAUGAUAGCAUGCAAGAUACAUCACAAAGUGUGGAAUUGGACCAUUAAAAACUCAAAGAACUGACAGCGCUGCAUUUCAUGGAUUAAGUGAAAUAGUUAGAAACAAAAAAGCCAUAAAGAGAAAUUUUAAAAAAGACAAGAUUUUAUAUGCAGUUUAAGAUAGAAGUCAAAAAUUGUUCAAAUAUCUGUGCCCAAACUGCUGAGGCAUAUUUAAGGAUAAUGCAUGGUGAACAGGAGGUUAUGUAAUCUCCACAGGGUGAGACCAGAUCCUGGCCGCAGACCACAGUUAUAAACAAAUUGAUGCUUUAUUCAAAGAUGAUUUUAUUGAUUCAAAACAAUAUCUGUAUGGAUUAACAAAAAAGUCUUCUCAAACCCAUAGUUGGUCGUAUAACCGCACAAACAUACAUCCUCGUUUCACAUAUAAGCCGCUAACAUAAUUACCAUUUAAUUGAUCAUUUCCUGUGACAGGUACAUGAGGAAAGGUGGACAAGACCUCUGCAGUUAUUUCCAGCCUGCUUAUUUGUCAUUAUUUACAUCAAACUGAAAUCUUCUAGUGAUGGGUUCGUGAACAGGUCUACUGCAACAAUGUAAAUAUUGACUUGGGUCCCUAUUCAGCUCAGGUCUGCAGCUUCUCAGGGCUUUGCAGUUGACACACCUCUAAAAAUAAAGGAGGUAAAAGUCAAAACUCUAAUAAUACAAUAUUGCUAUCAUCACAACUGCUCAGGGUUUGAGUUGCUUCGUAGGGAUCAGUAACAUCAACACUCACCUCCCAGCUGCCCUUUUCCGGUUGUGUCUGGAUGUGUUUCUGUGUAUUUGUAUGUAUUUCUGUGAAAAACAUUGUCAGAGGGUUUUAACCAAUCAGAAUCAAGUAUUUAAUAAAUAUUCUCAGCUGAACAGAGCCAGUAUUUACACGGUUGGUGAUUAAAGUUAUAGUCGAGUAAUAGUUUCACAGAUCCCCAAAAUGAAUGACUCAGCAAUGUUAGUAGAGCAGUGAUAACUGACCUGAAGUUUGCUCAUUUCAGACUCACGUUCAGACUGCAGGCAAAUUCGGCCACAGUGACAUUUUAGGGCUGCCAUUCUUGCCUCCAGUGAUGAACUUUGUCUGUUUCAGCCUGGUAUUUUGUGGAUGAUAGGGUGGUUCUGGAGAGCAUGGUGUUAGUGGGCAGCAAGUUAAACCUUAAAUCAGUUUGUGAUCAGCCAGUUCAUAUGGCCUAGGCAUCAGGGUAAUACAUUUUGGAUCAAUACUGCUUCCCUUAUCCUCCUGUCUUGUUGUAUUUUUGUGUAACUGCUUAUCAUAAUUGCAUUUGUUGGCCUUAAAUGGAUUUCUACUACUCUCCUGGCUAAGUGAGGGUGUUUUAUUUUGAGUGCUGUAUUAUUAUCUCAUCUGUCUGUUGCAUUAGAUGACUUUAAGUGUAGUGAAUUUGCUCCAUUUGGCAGAACAAAAGAAAACUUUGCUUGCUGCAUUGGAAGCCAUUUUUACUCAUUACAGUUCUCUUUAUUUCCUGCUCCACAUACUUCAAAACAUGAGUUUCAGGAGAAUUUGACUUUUGUGAAGUGUAAUGAGACACUUAUUUAAACAAAUAAACUCAGACGGAUUUGAUAUUUUUUUUGCUGUGCACAGAGCAGACUAGUAGAUUAGGACAAGACAGUCUGUUACAGGUAAAGGUUCUGCUUUCCCUGCAGGGGUUUAGAAAUAUCUAAUAUUAUCUACAGUAGUUUAUGUGUAACCAGGCUUUUUGAAGUCAAAGGAGAAAACAGUUGUGGUAUUUAUUUAUUUAUUUAUUUUUUAGUAAAGUGAUAUUGCCUCAUCUUUAAAAAUCAUGCUGGUCAGAGGAAACAUACCACACAGGCAUGGAAGAAAAAGUGUUUCACAAUCUGAUGUGGUCAGUUUGUUUGCAGACAUAUAACAGUAGUAAAAUGCAGCUUUGAAAAACCCAUUCGACGAAAUUAAGGUGUUAAAAAUGACAGUAGAAGACACUCCUCUGUUCUUUGGACUUCAGAAAAUCUUCUUAAAACCAAAUAUAAAGCAGAGUUACAUUGACAGUAUUUGCAGUUGAGGACCAAACCCUCCAUAUUUAAAUGCAUUGGAUUAUUCUGAGAGUAUUUUAAAGUCCAAAUGUCACUAAACAAUUUGUCUUUCUAACCCUUUUGGAAUGAAAAACCAUCAUCAAUCUGUGUCCGGCUGCUGCCCCCUCUGCACUGACCUUCACCUCUUCUCCAGCCAUUUUUCUCCAUCAUCAUCUCACUCCUCCUUCAUCCCAGCCUGUAUCAUCUCACCCUCCUCUCCCUCCUUCAUUCACCCUCACCCUGCCGAAUGUUUGCAUCUAUUCAUGAAAGAGAAUUUUCCGGUUUUCUCAUUCCAUUUAAGCUCAGCCGGCGCUAACCCAUUGUGCUCUGAUGUUCCUCUUAGGCUAGAGGUCUAAAUCAGGCUGGGAAGACAGGAGGGAGGGAGGGAUGGAGGGAGGAAUGGUAAGGAUUUGAGGAGGGAAGGGAUGGAAGCAGAGGGGGAGGGAGGAUAAGAAGGAAGGGUUAGAGGAGGGUUAGGCAGGGAGUCGAGGAAAUGUGUGAGAGCAGUGUAGGAGAGGUGUAAAAUAAGUAUAUAGGGAAGAGAAAGCUAAAUAAGCAGAGGCAUUAGUGUGCCUGAGUGGGCUCUGCAGCCUCCUGUAUGGACGCUCAUUAUCUGAAUACAUAUGUGACUCUGACCUUCCAUUCUGGCAUUUUCUGUCUAUCUAUCGCGCCGCUAUUUACUCUCCCUUGUAGAAGUUUGUGUUACAAUUUAUUUUCAAUCCCCAAAUUGUUAUUUUUCCACCGCAGCUUCAAUUUAUUUUAAAUAUUUAAUCAAAUGUAGAUCUAAAUUCAUCCUUUUUAUCAUCUUGAAGUUCAUGGUAUCACAGACUGUCUUACUGUGCAGCAACUUUACCCACUCUGUAGUCUGUAGGUAUAAAGCAUUGGAAUAAAGCUGCGAUGCAUACAAGGUUUAAACCGACAAGAGCUACUUACACUAAUACAACUCCAUGCACAGAAGUAGAGCGUGCUUAAAUUGAUAACGUGCAACCAUGAAGAUACAAGUUUAUGUGACGGUAGAUGGCUACUUUUAAGUGCUUUUAUUUGGGGGGAGGGGGGCUUUUAAUGGGAAGUGCAGAGCAGGAAAAUGGGGUGAGAGAGUAGGGGGUGACAUACAGGAAAGACCUUACAACCUUAGAGGUGCCUCCUUUAGUUAUGAUCACUUUUUUUUACAAAAAGUAUAGUUCUCAGUGCGCAGUGCAUGGAUCCAACAAAGCAUGAAUAAAAAAAAAUGACUGGAGAAGUUAAGCAGUUCUAAGGCAUCCCUAUAUAGCUGUCUUGGACACUCCUCAGCUGCCAUUAGACCAGUUAUCACAGCAAGCCAACAGGUGUUUCAGCAAGCAGGCAAGCAAAGUGGAUCUGGUAUACCAGUAACUGAUUCUACCCGAGAAAAAAAAGCUCCAUCGAGGAAAAAAGCAUAUUUCUGGUGAUAGACCUUGUAAAAAUAAUUGAGAUUGAAUAAUGGAGGUAGAGUACUGACGGGUCUCAAGAUGGAUGCAGAGCUGGCUAAUUUUCUUCUGAUCAGAUAAGAGGAAAAGCAACAGGAAGCAAACAAUAUCUCAUUUCUCAUUUAACAUGGCUCCUAAAGAGAUGGGCUGCAUAUGAAGGCUGUGUGUUACACUGAUUGACUCAGAUGUGCUGAGGUAGUCAGACUGGCUAAGGAUCCAACCAGAAACAUAUUACAAUUGACCGUUUGUUUUUAUAGACCUUUUAUACUCUGAUUGGCUGUAUAAUAGAUAGUUUGUCUCACAAUUUUAGAAAGUAGUAAAAGAUAUUGCAGUUUUGGCUGACUUUUGUGGGUCUGAAUAUGAGGAAUAAGGGAGUAUUUUGGCUGCGCAGUAUUUCUUGUUUAAUAUCUCUACUAAUGUAUUGCUAGGCAACUACCCAAGUACAAAUGACAAAAUUUUAACGGCCAGCCGAUCAGCUGGCAAUCAUGCUCUUAGAUUCUGCAGCAACUGUACAGAGAGGCAGCAGCUGAGUGCAGGUAUAUGGCGUCAAUGAAAUACGCUGAAGUCUGCUGGGGAGGCAGUUUCAAACACAAAGAUGCAAGACAUCUGAACAAACUAGUGAAAAAGGCUGGCUCUGUGGUUGGAUUCAAGUUGGACUCACUGGAGGAUGUGGUGGAGAGAUCUACACUGAGGAAGGUGGAGGCUAUUCUUAAGAACAUGGAUCACCCACUUCACAACACCUUGAUGGGCCAAAGGGCCAACAGUGGUGGACCGCUCCUCUCACUUCACUGCAGGACAGAAAGAUUCAGAUGAUCUUUUUGUACCAACAGCCAUCAGACUGUUUAAUUCUUCUGUUAAUAGUAGAUGACUUGAGACAUUAGACUUCAGACAAUUGAAUCUCCCGUCAGGGAUCAACAAAGUUCUGCUAAUCUUAUUUUAUCUUACUGUGUAAUGUCACUAACAAGCGCAGGACCUGCGCCAAUCUGACCAGCUGAGCACAUCUGGUACUCACCAAGCAGCAACCUCUGAUCUUGAGAAAUGAAGCCGAUGCAGAGGUGCUAAAACCUGCAGUUCUCUGAAUGCUCAGGGCCCCUCGACACCCACAGUACAGGGAGGGAAUUUUUUUUAACACAUUUAUUUUGAAGUUAAUGAUGAUACUAGAUCAGCAAAUCAGAGGCAUGGCUGACUUUACUGAAAGAUAGGCACAAGAGACAUUGGCAAGCAGGCUAAAGGCCCACCUCCUACUCUGUUCAGUUAAGACAGCAUUACCACUAUGGUGACCUAUUGGCUUCAAAUCUCCACUUCGGAAACAGGUGAGUGAUUACAUCACCGAUACUACGUCCGGUACAACAGUUGGCUUGGCAUUCCAACACAAGCUAAAAGCUAAUCGUAAGUUAACCACAUGUUGCUUGGUUAGCUUGGUAGCUGAUGUGUUUUAAUUCCUGACUUGCAGUAGGUGUGCCUUUUCUUAAAGUGGGAAACUCAUCUCUAUGUUGCUGUAAUGUUUAACCUCUGCUUCACUUUAAUUCAAGGAGAAUGGAGGAAAUCUGGCAAAAUAAGACAUUGACAGUGAUCUGAUCGAAGAAACAGAGAGGAUUCUGUGUUGUCUGACUUGAUGCUGAGAACCAAAAUAGCAUUCAGGUUUCUCACUCUGAACAUGAGGUCUGACUCAUGUAAACAUGGAGCUCUUCCUGCUGUCUGGAUACAAGGACAGUCUGGAUACAAGGACAGCUUUCAUCUUGUUGGUAAGUCUGUCUCCUCUUGAUGAAACGUCUUAAGUCUUAUCUGUAGAGUCUCAGUGCAGCAACUUUCAGGUACAGCAGUACAUCAUUGUAAUUAUCAACAUCAAAAAGAGGAUCAUUGUGAUUUAAAAAAAAAAAAAAAUUUAAACAAAGCAUCUUUGUGUGAGCAUAAGAACGACAGACUCAAAUUGUCGUGUUGUGUUCCAGUUCUCCUAGCAGUCUAAUCGAUCUCUGAAAUGGAUUGUGCUCCUGAAUUUUGAUUUGCAGUCCGAGACCUUUCUCUCUCUCUUUUUUUUUUUUUUAGAAGAAGCUGUUCUGAAAUGUUUUUCACCCUUAUGGACCCUUUCUCUGCUAACACUCAAUUUCACAACCCAUUUCAGUCAAUUCUCUGAACAAUUUUGUUUCAUCAUUCUCACUUUUGAUCUGCGUAUUUUCCCGCUGUGAAUUCUGUCACUGACUGUGUCCCUGAGCUCCUUCUCGUCACACUUUCAACAGUCCCACUGUGCAAUUUAAAUCCCAACAUGGGUUCCUUUUUUAGUGACCACUUUCCCAUGAAAUGUAUUUUUCUGUGCUGAAAGACUCAAUUAGAUUUCACUGUCACUAGAUGAUGAAUCUGAAAAAACACAUGUACCCACUUCAAAUGUUAAAACUCUUUCUAAAUGUGUGUCUUACUGGCACUAGAUUGUUGAGGUCUCAUAUAAAUAAGUGGAUAGUAAAAAAGGCUGUAUGGACUUUGACAUCAGAGUUGGGAGAAAGAGGCUACCCGAAUGUGCCAAUCAAGAUCUACACAGAGUAACUUCAGCUGUAUGAAACUCCUAAAACUUCCAGCGAUCUUCAGUUUGAGCUGCAUAUUUUGAACUCAGGUUGCCCUCAUUCUCACCCUGACUUCAUAUACAUUUUUUUGUUGCAAGCUUCCAACACAAUUUUUAAGUAGAGCCGAGAAUGUGGCUGUUAUUCCUCUGGGAAAUGUACGUGACUUUGGGGAUAUCAGAGGAGCAACAGAUGAAUGAAUAAAAGUAUCUAAGAUCGAAGGGGACGAAUCCUUUUCGUUACAAAGACAGCAAAGAUGUCUGUACAUACUUCUGUUUGCACAUAACAUUAAUACAAAUGCAAAAACUGCAAUAUAGUGUUGGUCUCUGUUGCUUUGCUCACUAUUAUGUUGGAAGUAUUACACUGUGGCUUCAACAGCAUGCUUCUGAUGUCAUGUCCUGCUUCCUGAGACUUCCCGCCCACCACCCUCCUGGUCUGACAGCCGAAACUUUGUCUUGUGAGGGACAUGUGUGAACACACGACUUUGGAAGAUUUGCAGAGUAGCUGCAUGAUACAGACUCUAGAAUUUACCAAAUGGCCCCUUCAACACACACAGGUUCUGUUUAUCAAAGUCUCAGGUUGGGUUUUUGCAAUAUAUCAGGUUGACUGUCUUUUAUAAAAAUUAAAAUAAAUUAUCUUGAUAUCAUGCGAAGAACAGGCUUUCAGUAAUUCUGUUGCUCAGGGCUGGGCAAUAUGGGAAAAAGUUUAUCACGAUAUUUUUUUCAUAUCAGUCGAUAUCAAUUUAUAUCACGAUAAAAAAAAUGAAAUCUAACAGUGCUUAUUAGUAGCAUGUCUUUUGCAAUACCAUAAGCUACUGCAUCUGUGAGGUCUUUGUGUCUCUUCCAUGUUUUAUCGUAAGACGUUGCCAUAGAGAAAACAGACUGAAUGGUCGGCUGUUUCUGCUUCACAGGCACAAUAGGCUCCUUGCUUCGCUCAGGGUUUCUAACCUUUUGGGUUGUGUGUGCUCUGCAGUGUGGCGCUGCUUCAGGUGGUGAAAAAGAUUUGAGGUAUUCCCCGACUUUGUGGGAACACGUACUCUACAUAAUUUGCAGUGCAUAUACUGUGCUUCAUGUCUGACCUAAAAAACCAAAAUACCUCCACAUCACUGACAUUUUCGUGCCAGUGUUGUCAUGAUGUCAUCAUCUGUUGAGCCUUCAUCUGCAUUUCUGCCGGGGAUAGCACUCAUUUCCUUUUCUUCUCACCAACAGUGCUGUCGGCUUCACGUGUUAAAGUGCUAUGGUUGUGUGUAGCUGCAGCCUGCUACUACACAGUUGUUUGCUUCUUGGUUCUAAUUCAGCACAAAGCCGACCCGGAGCAACUCCCCCUUUCAUUGGCUAUUCGUAUAGUCUACCAAAACAUGGCAGAAUGCCGACUAUCAAAAAGGAUAUUGACCAUGUUUUAUAUUGAUACUGAGGGAAAUUAAUUCUCAGUAUACAUCAUUAUCGUUUUAUCGCUCAGCCCUACUGUCACUUUAUACAAGUGACCCUUGUUACUGGUAACUACACUCUAAAACCCCCUCAACACCAGGGUUGAAAAGGGACUGACUACUUAUUGGGUUAUUUUGACCCAGAUUUUUGGGUUAUUCAAAUCAACUGAAACUUUGAGUUGACUCAAUAACCCUUUUUAGGGUCAAGUUAACCCAAUGUUUGAGUUAAUUUGAGCAUGUGACGCAGAUCUUGUUAACCUGAGCGACGUUUGAGCCGGUUUAGCUUUCAGUGGUAAUGCUCUCAUGUUUAUGAGUUAGGACAUAGCGCUUAAGGGUCUUGCCUAAGGACCCAAACUGGUAGAUACAGUUCCCUCCUUAAUAAAAAAAAAAAAAAAAACUCAAAUUGGGUUACAAUCCAUAUGACCCAAGAAAUGGGUAUGGAUCUGAAAAAUAACCCAGAAAUUAAACUCAACACGUAUAACCCAGGAAUUGGGUUGAAGAAAUAGCCCAAGGGUUUUUAGAGUGCACAUAUCAUAAAAUGAAGGACAGAUGAAGAGGAAGUAGCAGAGUGCUAGCAACUAGCUGAAGCUCAAUACAAUUUUCUUUCCAAAGGGCAAUAGUGAAUCAUAAAUUUGAAUAACAUUAGACACAGAUGACGACAUGAAAAGUCAUGACGUUAGUAAAGCUUGUGAUGUUAUCUGUCUCUCCACCCUUGUUUUGCAUUUCCUCAAACUGUCUCUUGGUAUGUUUUCAAGUUGUCAAAAACAAUAUUGUCAAAGCGAUGCUGUGUGGCCACAAUAACUGUGAAAAAUCGGAAAAUCCGACAUUGUGACAGCCCUAAUCUCAGGUGUUGAUAACAAUGAUUGUACCUUUUCCGCCACCCUUGUGUGGAUAUAGACGAGCACUGAGGGCCCACACCCCAGCUGGGUUGUUGAGUAGGCACUGGCCUUAACUGGUGUUUCAUAGGAUCUCGAGACUUCAGUGGUUGGGACUGGUAUUUUAAACUGCUCCUCUCUGUGCCAUAAACCACAUGUAGAACAAUUUAACCCUCUUGAACAUUUUUUUAAAAGGCCUGUUAGAGCCCAAUACCCACUCAUAGAAACCCACUCAUAUUUAUACUCAUAUCUGAACAUUAUCUAAACCGCCAAUAUUUCUAGGUAAAAAUGUUAAAAUAAAUGGCAACAUAUGGCUACAUAAGAAAAUGAAAUCCAGUUUCAUGCAAUUUUAUAACCAAAAGAUUUUAACUCCUAGAGUGAUCGAAUCAGUUAUUCUGACCAUCUAUGCAUUAUUCUUUAACAUGAUCUCAAACACCAGUUAAUAACUUUAAGGAAACAGAUCCAUAAUGUUAUAAUAAGUGCUCAUUAGCCUCAAAAAGGUUACCAAUACAUCCACAACCAAAGUAGAGUAAAUGUUAUAAGUUAACAAACACUCACACAACCUGCACAUAUGAGAUUGGAUUACUUUAAGAUUAAUUUAUUCUGCUUUAUAACAUAUAUUUUGAAGUAUGACCCAGUAAGGGUACCUUGACCCUGUUAAAUAUCAAAAGUUUGGGUUGUUAAAUGUUCUCUUUGUCUGCGUCAUAAGGCCAUAACAUUCAGUAGUUCACUGGGUUGUAGUUGACGUUAGCUGGGGGGACAGUUGCCAGGCUGACAUGCGGAGAAGUUCAACACCUCCUAGACAGCCUGUGGGGCAUCAAACCACCGCUGCUGGGGUGACUCGCUCUCCACCAUAUGGUGCCAUGCUGCUGUGACCCCACCUGUCUGCUCCAUCUCUAGACUGGGCCUGAUGCAGACACACAAAAAAAAUCGCAGCAAAUUAAAGGCUAAACUCAACAAUCUCUGACGCUUUCUUUCUACAAACGGGAGUUUGUCACUGAGUACACAGAGCAUUUUUCACUUCUAAUGGGAUUACUGGGAUAUCUGUCAUCUCAGGAGGAGGCUGCCACUCACACCAUGACUUCCUCGAGACAGGCAUCCCAGCGACUUGAUAAUGGCGUCAUCCCGCCUGUGCGAAUUUAAAAAACUCCCUGAAUGUGCAUAUUGUUGCUGCAGGGCACACUUGUAUGAUGAGUCUAAUCCCUUGUCAUCUCAUGUCGAAAGAAACAAAAGGUGCAAAACUCAGCCACUGAGGAUCAGUGCAUGUGUGCGUGUGUAUGACGGUGUACAUAAGCCCAUUUCUGCCAUUCCCACUCGGGCUCCUAAUCCCAGAAGAUCAAGUGGAACCGGGCUGGGAGUGAGGCUGGGUGGGAGCCAGCACAAGGCUUUCAGUGAGGUUGACUCACACCGUAAUCACUACUGCUUUACAACCACCUUACGUCACGCCUCUGUAACCUUUUCUUGACUUGGGCUCAAACAACCGUCAUAGUUUCAGUCAAAUACCAAAGUUUGAUUUUCACAAGCACACUUCCUCUUUUUUUUCUUAUCACCAUUUACACCUGCGUUGUCUACUUUUUCACAUCUGUCUUUAAGCAUAUAACCCCCCUUAUGACAACUAAACAGAUGUUCACUUAAAGAGGAAAAAUAUCCUGUCAGGUUGGUGUGUUGCCAUGCAUGAAAAAUUUACAGUGAACAUCUGUGAGAAAGCUUUGCAUGCACUUAUGUGUCAUAUAUGUGCAGUAUGGACCUCAACUGUUAAUUUUCACAGAACAGAAAGACAUCCAUCAAAGCUGAGAAGGUAAUAAAAUUAAGCCAGGCAGUAUGACCUCAAACCUCUUUUUAAAUCAGGACCUGUGAGUAAUGAGUAAUGUUUGAUGCUUUGUGCUCUUACUUGAAACCAGUUGAUUGCAACCUCUUGUAAAUAUAAAAUUAUCCUGUAAUGUCGCAAAUGUAAGUGCCGACAUUUGCAGAGACAGCUGCCAUUUCAGAGUCCUACGUCAGCGUUUAAUCAUUUUUACACAACACAUUUUAUAAAACACUUUUUUGUCCCCACCUCUGGUUUCUUUUUAGAGAAAGUGCAUUUAUCUAACAGCCCCAAUUAAGUCGCCUGAUGGUGUGCUGUGGAUGAAUCCAGCAAGAAAUUUAGACAUUUCUGUGAUUUGCUAUCUUGCAUGGCAGCAAUUACUGAAGUGGCAACUCAGUGUCUGCUGCUGUCUGUUGACUGUUUGCUGGAUUAACAGCUGAUGAUGAAGGUCUUAGGUAAUCUUAGCAUUAUUUAAAAAAUAGGUAUUAGCCUGAUUGUACAAUGGAGGAAUGGAGGGGAAAUGUAAUUAUCAACCACAUAUUUGUGAUAAAGAGCUGUGUAGUAUAACGUAACUUCAUGGUGUUGGUGACCUCAGUCAGUUCACAGCUGCAGUAAUUUGUCACAGACUAGUCGCAAGAGGAAACAGUUCCUGUUUUAUGAAGUUUUCAUUUAGCAUGCAUUUUCCUUUACUUUUUUAUACUGGUCUGUCAAUGUCAAUGUAACGUUUAUUUAUAUAGCACAUUUAUAGGACAGGCCAGACAAAGUGCUUUACAGGAGAAAAACAUAAAAUGAUAAAAGCUACAAGUAUGGCAACAUUAAAAGGGAAACAUACGAUAACAACAAUAAAAGAGAAGCGUACGCGAGUAAAAGAAAGUGACAACUUAACCAAAAGUUAGCAUAAACAGGUAGGUUUUAAGGUGCAUCUGUAAUGAUUAUAUACACUGAGCAUCGCAGCUACUAAAGGAACGUUAAAGGGAUAUUCCGGCGUAAAUUUAGGUCAUGGUCAAAGACACCGUAACACUGAGUUAGUCACCCCCUCAAGAGAUGAAUGUUGCCAACUGCUUGCUUCUCUUGUUACACCAACUUCAGCAACGACUGCACGAUAGCAAUACACAGCGGUCUGUGAAAACAAAGUAAAUACCGGGGGGGGGGGCGGCUUUGGGAUCUUCUGGACCCUGUAACCUUUCUGCUCGACAGGUAAACCGCUUCAACAAAGUAAACCAAGUUUGGGGUUUUUUUUUGUUUUUUUGAGGGAGGUCAUGGAGUUUCACAAAUAUGAGCUGAAGGGAUGCUUGUACAACUUGACACAACUUUUACUACUUUUUUUUACUCAAAAAAAAGCCACUUACGGAAACGUGGCUGCCAAUUUGCACCUACGUCCUCUCCGACCACCACACUACACUCACAAUCAUACACCAAUGGAGGACACACACUGGGAGCAAGGCUGGUUAAGUGUCUUGCCCAAGGACACAAUGGAUAGACAGGGGAGAAUCCAACUGCCAACCUUCCAGUUAUUGGACGACCGCUCUACCUCCUGAGUUACUGUGCCAAGCAGAUGGGUGCAAAAUUGGAAAAAGGGCUCAUGGGUUUUUCUUUAAUUAUUCAAUGAUAUCUUAGAAACAUACUACAGUGUCCAGACUUAAACCGAACUUUGCUGAAGAGUAAAUCUUGUUGCAGUGAUGGUUGAGUUUUGGUUAGCGCAAGAUUUUAAGUUCUGCAGAUUUUGUUGGCAACAACAAAUUGUUAAAUCAACAGCUGUGCAAAAAGUUGAGUGAGUACAUUAGUGGCAGCACAGCAGUGAUGUUAAAUCAAUGUAUGAUCAACGAUGCACAAGCUAACUUGCCAUUAGUUGAAGCUCAAACACUGAUACCUGCUGUUGUGUUGAUACAGUAUGAAUAAUGUAAUUUCAUCACACAGCUAACAAUGUUAUUAGUUCAAUACUUUUGCCGCCAGUGAGCUCCAGUACCUUGAGCAUGCUGAGACUAAAUUGUCAGAGCUGGCACCCUGCAGCCUGCCAACAGCACCAAUCUGUCUCUCAAGCUGAUCAUGCCUCUAAUUAUGCAAAUUGUGAGGCUUAGGAAUUAUUUUGCAUUUAUGUGAAGUACAUAAAAGGUUGAGCAUGGGUUCAGUAAAUAAUGAAUGUAGAGACAAGCUACAGAGAUCAAAAGUAUCGUAUAAAUAUGGCAUACGGGAUUGACAAGAUUUUGAUGCAAGACUCUAGUGGACACUUCAGGAACUGCUUGGUUGGCUUCAGUUUACAGCCUUGGAAGUUGCUGUUUUGUACAGACCAAGAGGAUAACACUGAUCAGGUUUUUUUAUGCCCACACAAUCUUAAGAAGGUGGUUGUUGAAGUAAAGUGACCAGUUUGUUUUUCUUCUACCAAUGUCUUCUAACGGGCAUGAGUUAAUUUUCUCUUGGUUUGUUACAGGUCAGUUUAAUUAAUCUUCCCUGUUGGUAUCAUGCAUGUUAAAGUACUAACAUUGAACUUACUGAGGGUGACUACACUGUCUUAGAUUUAUCUGUCUCAGUUGAAUGUGGCAGCUGCUCAGUUGUCCUGCAGCCAUCACUGUAGCUUUGUUAAAGUUCAAUAUUCCUUACUGUCAAAUGAAGCCAAGGAGGAAUUAUUUCACCGGCUGUGCUAAUACAAGAAUAAUAAUCAAUCACAAAAAUAUUCUUAUCCUUUACCCUUAUAUUACAUUAAAUCCCACUAAACCUUCCAAAGUAGGCUUGAAAUAUCUACAUGAAAUGGAGGCUGAGUUACACCACUCUGGUUGGGUCGGUAGGUACCGGAUUGAUCACUUGUCAAAUGACUCAGAUGAUUAUGAACUUCUUUGUAUCAAACAAUUUUCAAAGCAUGAAUCUAAGCCCUGAUCAUCAACAUAAGAAUAAAGGAUUUGGUUCAUGGUCUAACAGAUUAUUUUGGACUCUCACUCUCAAUAGCUGGAGUUUUUGCUCAUCUGUGUUUUAAGGACCCAGAACCUUUUCUCACUCUUCUCUGUGUGACUCAGCUGUCUGAUAACGUCAUCGCAUGAAGGUUGUAGUCUCCUUCACUCAGUUGUAUGAAUUUCAGGAGCUAGUGUGAUUGUGUAUAAUUCACAUCUUCUUGGAUUUAAACUUCCUGCUGUGCUCUUUGCUGGAUCACCUGUAGUCGGAGCUCAGCGGUAAUCCAUGAAAAACUGAGCGAGACCUGAGCUGGGAACAGAUCGCAUGUGUGUGAAUAUCUUAAGCCAAAGAUAUAAUUUCAUGUCGAAACAUGCUGGUUAGGCAAAUUCAUUCUUCUUAUUAAAUUUCACAGAGAUUACAGUUCUGAUCGUAUUCACUGUGCUACAUUUCAAUCUUUUCAGCGGUGGCAGCUUUGAAGUUAGGGGGAGAUUUGAAAAGGAGCCAGGUACAGGCUAAGAGGGCGUCUCUAAGCCUGUGACAAAAAAGACACUGAGACGAGCUCUGUCUCUCCUGAUCCACAGGGACUGAAAAAGUAGGCCAGGCCCGGUGUCAGACUGCUGCGAGGAUCAGGACUGAAGUUGUUGACUUGUAAUCAAAGUUCCUUUUCACACUUUGAGUGUCAAGAAUCUCACAGAGUCUGAGACAGCUUUGAAAUACUCCUCUCAAACACUCAUAUAGGUCCUGCUUUUCAACAGUGAGACUUUCCAGCUGAACACUGUGUCUUAUGGUGUCAUCCAGAAGCAUCCAGGCUUCUUAUAAGUCAUCCUUUCUGGAGAUGGAAGUUGAACUAUUAAACCGCCUUACCCAUCAAACCCACAAACACAGGCACAUGAGAGGAAUUUGCACGGAAAAUCCUAUAGGGGGGCUAAUAAGCAUGAGACACUGAUAUUAUAAACUCAGCUUGCGUGUACUACAGACACAUGAGUCACGACAGAAUAUUAUGGUGAUGCAACUGGACAAGAAAUUUCUAAAUUUAGGAUGCCAUGCCUAGUUCUUAAAUGUAAGCGGCAGGGAAUGUUUACAAGAGCAUUUAAAGUCCAUGGAGGAUGCACAUACUCCUCCUCUUACAGUCUCCUCUCAUCUGUUUUAUAAAGAUCACUUUCAUGGUCCUCAUAUACCCUACAAGAGAAGACUGCAGGCAUCAUUUCUGCGUGGUUAAGUCAAUAAACAGAACUCACGCCGUGGGUUAACAGACAGCCAUUUGACUAAUUCGCAAUUAUGAAGCUCUUUCAUUGUGUACGCACUGUAAUUUCGGCUUCAGCGCGCAGAUGACCCUGAGACACCGAGGCACCAAAAACCGCCAGGAGACACUGGGACUCGUCACGUGUUGUUUGUCCCUCGCAGAGCCCUGCCUGACUCCAUCGUGAGUUAUAAUCAGACGGCGAAUCACGGGAGCAGCCCACGCUGCCGACGCGCGCCUUGCGAGCGCACACCCAGUCCGGCGGUGCCUGGGAUUGGGCGGAGGGAGUGGUGGCUGCGGACGGAGUCACAGGAUUGGUAGAGUUCAGCGCCAAACUUGUUGACUCAUAACUGAGCAGCUCCUCUCCAUUCUUCACGGCGCGGAGCUGUCCACGGCCAGUGGUGCUGAAAGUGCCAGAUUUCGACGCGCCGCUGGAAUAAUUCAGACUUUUUUUUUACGGUUUAAUUUCUCACUCACAGAUUUUUAGAGCUAAAUGCGCUUGUGCAAGACUUCGAGGCGGUUUUCCUAAGCGUAACUUGACGGAUAUUUCCCCGCUGUCACCGCUCUUUCGAAGGGCGCACAAAGCCUUCAACUUCUCCCUCGAUAUAGUAGAGGAAUCUCCACUUCGAAGCCAUGGCUUUCAUGGUCAAACACAUGGUCGGGGGACAGCUGAAGAACCUGACAGGCGGACUGACGGAGGAGAAACCUGAAGGGGAGAAAUCAGACGCGGCGGCGCAGGGGAUGACUCAAGAAGAAUUCGAACAGUAUCAGCAACAGUUAGAGGAGGAAAAGUAAGGCAAUGAUUGAAGCUUUUGGUUGCAAAGUUUAAAAAACAAAGCCUGUAGUAGUGGUUGAGGGCGCAAUGGAGGCAUGGCAUCCUAAAACAGCGUGUUUUCGUGUGUAAAUAGCAGAGCGCUCCCAGUGCGCCGCGCGUUAUUUUACGCAUCAGUGCAAUAACACGAGCGCUCCUCACACAGCUGCUCCUCUCGCCCUGGGAGCUCUGCGUUUCUCAGCUUCAGCAAACUGUGUAGUUCCGAUUUUAAUUUGGAAUUCCUGGAAUCGUUCUUCCAUUGACAUGUGUGCAGGAUUUCAAUGCCUGGAGCAAAACAUGUGCCUAUUGCUGUGCGUGCCACUGACUAAUAGGUCAGAGUGAGAGCUAAAUAAAGAGGGUAAAUUCAAAACACCAAUAUGGAUAAUUUCAUUGGGAGAACAACUAAUGAUUGAGACCAGUUUAGCAGUAACUCUCCUGUAUGACAUGGCUUGAUGUAAUUGGGCGUAUUCUCUUCUAGACUUUGAUCAUCCAUACAUGAGUCACAUCGCGAGGUUAAUUCACAUCAUAUAAAUGCAUGAUGGCGUGAAAAGUUUAAUUGAUGGUCUUGAGAACUGUCUAGCCUCAAAAAUAUACCCUACUUUGUUAUCUCAUCGACAUUUUAUUAGCAUUUUUCUCUUGUAUUCACAGAUGAUGUGUUUAUAAUCAUUACUUUCCAUGCUGGCUUUUAUUGGUGAGCUACUUGCUGAGCAUAAUCUGCUAAAUGCAAUUCUCCCGAUGCUAAUUUCACUCAUUUGCAUGUUUGUGAUGGUGUUCAUGUCCCCAAGCCACUUGAGGACAAUACAUGUUAAGAGCAAGGUCAAUUUGCAAACCAGAGUUCACCCAGGAGACAGAAACUCACUCCUGGUUAGUUUGAGGGUUCCCUCGGAGCAGGACUUCAAAUAUUCAGAUAUUCAGAAAUGCUGUGUCCUGGUCUUAGAGUAGGAUACUUUGGAUUAAUAGCCAUGUUGUCUUUGCAAAUAUAAAGAAAGAGUUCAACAUUUUUCCCCAGUCGUGGCUCAUUCUUGAAGCAAAAUCCCUUUGACGACACACACAGUGUCAUAUGCAGACACUGCGUGGAGAGUGGAGUCCUAAUUUGGGAAGUAUUGACGCUCAUCUCUUCUCUGAGCUCUACAGGAGGCAGUUCGGAUGCCUGACGCUCUGCCUUCAUGAUGUGACCUUCAGUGGAAGUGAAUUAUUAGUCAGAGGUGCUAAAUAGAAGCAUAGAUCACCCAGAAAGCCUUCCUGCUCACAUUAAAGCAGAAUAAGGUUGGAGCGGGGGCUGGGAUCCUCUGACAUGUCACAUGUAGGCAUUUUAUCACCCUCAGCACCCAGGCCACAGUGACAACCCUGGUCAUCUGAUGCCCUUGAGAGGGGAAGACACACAGCUCUCCUCAUUGGCUGCAAGUGAGCUCUGCACGGGCCUGUGUGCCAUUUGGUGUCUGGUCUGCUCAUGCUAAUUCAAAGUGAGCCCAGGCUUGCACGGACAGCCCCCUGAAUGCAGCAUCUCCUGAUAAAACGACCUUCCUUUGACACAUUGGGUGCAAACACUUUGUAAAAGACGCCCGUGGUCGUCCAGUGUCCCUCUGACUUUAGAUUACGCUGCUGAUUUGAUCCUUCUAGGCGUACGAUGCAACCUCUGCCACUCUAGCUUUGGAGACCCAUGGUGGUGAUUUAGUUUUAAGCACUGGCUGUAUUUCACUGGCUCCAUUAAAAGUGGCCUUUAGUUUGUUAGGCAUUAAAUUAUGUUGUAGGCUCAUGAUGUUCGAGGCAUUUCAGCAAAUUUAGCAAUUUAUGAGGGGCAUUUUUGAAGUUGACAGAAGCCAUAAAUAUUCCAGUGAUGUUUGAGUGGAGGGAACACUGCCAGCAGCCUGAUGCCUGCCCUCUGCUGGAGGCUUCACACACUGUAGGCUAAAUGUUGACAAGAGCCUAAAAAGACAACGGGCUCACCAAAAAAACAUCGAAAUCUCCCAAAACAGAGAUGUUUAAAUUUAGAAAACGCCUCGGAGUCACUCUUUGUUUUAGCUGCUCCAAGGACAAUGUUUAACUUUGAGGUCCAGGCAAACCAUGUUUGAAAUCAAAAGACACUCAAAGUUUUGCAAGGAUUCUGCUUUGAUGAAGGCUUCCAGACUUAAAAAGGUGAAAUCACUCCAGGAAUCAGAUAUUUGAAUGCAGGUGGAAAGGCAAACUGCAACGCUGUACAGCUAAAUAUUGUAAAAUCCAGGACAGGAUGAGCUGACAGAUGUGAAAGUGGGGGAGUGGCAGUGGUUGCGGUUAGUAGGUUACCUCUUGCAUCCAGAAGAAAUGAUCCCCUCAGGGGAGCGCAGGACUAGCAAGAUGCAGUAGAUCCACUCAUCAUAAGAAGGGCAUCUCUUCUUGCUUCAUAUCCCCCCUUUGGCAUUGCUGCUGCCCCGCCUCCUGCUGGCUCCACACUCUGUAGUUAGCGUAAAGAGAGGGUGAUGCUGAGCUCUGAGGCCUCUAAUGUUCAGGUUACUCUAAUUAAAGCACCAAUGAAGAGUUUUUGACAUCAAAGAUAUAGAUUAAAAUGUGUAUUUAUGUCUUUUUAUGAUACUCAAUAGCAAAUAAAGCCAUAAGUGACCAAAUUUAAGAUUUUUAUACCCUAAUUUUUAUUGCCUGAGGGGGUAAGGUGUCAGGCUCACAGCAAAAGAAACCGCCCUGUUUUUACGAUGCACACAAAACAUUCACAGUGAUUUUUUUUAUCUUCAAAAGGCAAGAUGUGCAAAGAAUGCUUUAUCCACAGGGGGCGCCAAAAUUUACACAAACCAAAGUUCCUCACAGGAAUAACUAAAGCUGGUUGAAUUAAGGUUGAUUUAAAACAUGCAGUGUGAUUUUAGUAGUUAGGUUAAAAUCUCUUAAAAUGUGUGAGCUGUUACGCUUGUAGUCCUCAUCCAAAGCUUCCCAGGGUUGCUUUCCUUGCUAGAGUUUGCCUUAACUACAUCCAGUAAUACUGAACUAAUUUCCUCCCUUUCUUGCAGACAAGAACGAGAAGCCAAUUUUGCCCAGAAGAAAGCUGAGAGAGCCACAGUGAGGAGUCACUUCCGGGACAAGUACAGACUACCAAAGGUAACCUAGUAUAGCUCUGCUCUGAGAGAGGAAAGUACAUCAAAUGAACAAGUCUGCAACAACAAAACAUCUCGUAUAAAACCACAAUGCUCACAGAUGACAAUUCUUCUAUAGCUCACGGUCAGAUUUAGACUUUGGCUCUGAAUUGUUCUCCUCUCCUGUGUCCUGUUGGGUGUGUCUGCAUCAGAAUGAGCUGGAUGAGACCCAAAUCCAGCAGGCGGGGGAUGACGUGGUGUUGCCCACAGAGCUGGCCAAGAUGAUCGCUGAGGACAACCAGGAGGAGGCGCAUAAGCAGUCAGUGCUGGGCCAGCUGUCCAACAUCCAGAACUUAGACGUCGAUCAGCUGAAAGACAAAGCUCAGGCCACACUGGAAGACCUCAAAAAGCAGACGGAGAAUUGCAGCCUUAUGUGAUCUCCCAGAAGAUUAGAGUUUUACUUGUACAAAUAUUUUUCAAAGGCAGAGCUGCUCUGUGGGGUAAAAAAAUAUUCUCAUUGCAUGGGUGGAAUGUCAGUUGGCAGAGCCGCAUAAUUACAGUUUUCGUAGCUGUGCAAAGUUAGACAGAGGCCCUUUGGAGAGGAAAGUAUAAGAUGAGGACACUGAUAAUGAAAUCAGGGGCGAGUCUUACAAACUCGAACAGAAGCCCAGCUUUCCAGCAGACCCUCAGAUAUUCUAAAAGUCAUGAAUGUCACUCAUAUUUUUCAUUGACAUUAGCUACCUUACACUCUGAAAUCUGUGGUUCGUUGGCUCCUGCCGUUGAGAUAAAAGCAAUGAGAUGAUUUUUCCUCCAGAGCACCUCUUCCUCUAGGAAAUAUUCCUCUGUUUCUCCUUCGCCUUCCUCCUCCUCUUUUCCUGGCGUGACCAGUGAUAACACAAUAUGAUUCUGCAGCAGAGGUCUCAGGUGUAGGUGUGUGUGUCUGAUGGUUUUCAUUGCUCCCAAACACACAACAGAUGAUCUCACUGAUAAACAAAUGCACAUCAUCACUGAGAUCAGCUGUUUGGUUGGAAUCAAAACACUCACACACACACACACACACACACACACACACAAACAUGAGUGCCACACUCGCUCGUGCAAAGAGGCCGUAUGUGAGUCAUGUGGAAUUUGGGAUAUUUGGACAUUAACUUCAGGAAAACAAAACAAGAGAGUUUGUUUUUGAGGGUGUUUAAAUUCCACGUAUGAAAGCACAAACUCCCAGAAAUGUGCAAUAAUCACUCUGAGGUGGAUUUUUGUCAGAAGUAGCUUACUGAUGUUGACCACCUGGUGCCCUGAUGAACACUUCCUAUGUGCUGCAGUGGUCCUAGUUUUAACCUUCUCCUGGACAAAUCAUAAAAAAAAGCCUUUUUUGCUUCAGCUUUUUCCGUACUUCAGUGUGCCUUCUUUUUGUUUCUGGAUCUCAAACAUUUGUAAGCUACUUUUCUACAAAGAUUCUCCUGAUUAUUUGUUUGUUUGGCAGCAGACUUUUUACUUUGAGUUUUACAAAAAGCAACAAAGGCAGAGGUUUUGUUUUGCCUCUGGUAGGGAUAGAUAUAUUGCAUUUUGUACAGUAAUGAAGCUCUAAGUGGACAUCCUUUCUUGUUUUUACCACAACUCCCUGAGUUCAUUUUGGUUUUUUCAGCUGAGAUCUUGACUUCUCUGGGAUCAUCAUUUAUAUACCAAGAGUUUAAAGCACAAAAUUAGGUUUGUUAGCAAAGAGGUGAACUUAGAUCUCAGGUAAUCUGUUGAUAUUCUCUUACAAAUUAACAAAUGUCAAUGUAACGUAAAGGUUAAACAUACUAAAAGUUUUACGGUAAAAACACAGAGGGUUCCCCAGAUCCAAGUCCAGCCAAAAACUUUAUAUCCAUAGAGAUUAAUGGAUUACUUCAGAUCUACAAAGACUAUAUGCUUCUGUUCAAGUUGUCUGUGAUCCAUCUUACUACUUAUCCGUCUACUUUCUCAGCGUAGAUACUUCGAGUAAUGGGAAAUGUGGCUCUGUUGAGAGAUUCAGAUUAUUUUGCUUAGCAACAAUCGAACAGCUUCUUGUAACAUCCUUCAUGUACAAGAAACAGGUUUUUUGAGCCGAGCCCUUUGUGAUGGACGUACCACCAGGCUCACCUGCUGAGCAUUCAAACUGUCUGCUGCCAUAGCGCUGUGUUCCUGCAGUGAAGUCAGUUCAAGUGAAAAUUAUGUUUGAUAAACUGAAUUUAUCAGAUGUUCACGAUUAUCAAUAAUUAUUUAACCAUUUAACUAGGGCGACCAUAUUCUAAAUCCCCCAAAAAAGGGAAACGACUAUGCAGGGGGUGGAGUCACAGAAUUUCGCAUAGUUAAUUUUGAGAGUUUUUCAGGUCGGAUCGAUUGUCUUUUACGCGCUUCUAACUCAGUAAGUCCAGGCGACACAAACUUGAAACUUCCAUACAAAACUCCAGACAUUUGAAGGAUGUUAUAAACUUCCCCAGACAAAGUUGGACAGCCCCCCCAAAAGAGGACAUGUCCAGAUAAAAGAGGACGUAUGGUUUCCCUACAUUUAACAGAUAAACCAAUUAACAAUUUACCGAUAAAUGGACGUGUGUCUAGCGUUGCUCGUUAGUGUUGGCAUGGAGUUGAUUAUAUGACGUGGUGUGUGUCCACUUAGGGCUUCUAUAGCUAAGUGUGUGCAAUAACUCCAAACAUUAAAUUAGGAUUGAGAGCAUAUCAGUGGCUUUGGCUGCGCUCAGAUGUUAAUAACUUUAGGAGCUGCUCAGAUGAGAGGAGAGUAAAUGCUUUAGAAAUUGUAAGCCAAAGCCUGUGUAGAAAAACUUAGAGGUACAUACAAGGAAAAGGCACAAAUAUCUGUGUAAACUGUGUAACCGCAGUGUGAUUAUAAGUCCUCAUUAUGUUGUAUAGGAUGUAAAUGUAUCUGCUGUGCGCCUGUACUGUCAACAGCAGCUCAUCUGUUUUCAUCAGCUCGCUGCGUCUUGAGUGUCGUCGACCGUCACAUGACCUCUGACCUGUCCUCCAUCUCAUUGAUCCCUGCGUCUCGGUGGUGCUGUUUUGUGCUGGUGGAGUCGUGUUGCUUAUCUGAUGUGAUAUUUCUAGUGGUGUCUUUGUAAAAAAAAAAAUAAUAAUGAUAACCUCAUACUGUGGCUGGGCCUCCUGGUGGUAGAGUAACACAGCACACAGUCUGGCUGUGUAUUCUGUCUAUGUUGUUUUCGAACAAGGAACGAGCGAAGGAAUCAAAAGGGGAUGUUGUCGAUGUUGUGUUGAAUCCAUAUUCGCUACACUUUGCCAGUGUUUGGUUUCAGUAUUUGAAAGUGAUGUCAGCUUUUAUCUAUUUUCCGUCCCCUCUUUGAUUAACGUAAUACUCAACUGCCAAAACCAUUUUUUCUUUGACAUCUCUGCUCAUAAGUCUUAAUUUUACAUGUUUUAUUUUAGAGGAAAUGUGGAGACGAAGCUAGAGUGUUUCCUUAAAGCUGAGUGAUAAUGUCUUUUUUUGUGUGCCAAACUACUGCUGAAGAAAUACUAAAGCAACAGCUACAUAUAUUCAGUGCAGUGGUAAUCGUCAUGUGAUAGAUAAUCUGUAUCGUUAUAACUUUACAAUAAUAGAAAGCAGAGGAGAAGUUGCAAUAAGUCCUUUUAUAAUAGAGGUCAUAAUAAAAUCUGUCAUGUUUGAUCAUGACAGAGUAUCUAUGGGUGGAAUAGAAGCCAUAUUGUGAACUGCCAUGUAUGAGUGUGUGCGACUCCAAAUAAUAAUUCAACAACCCAAUAAUAAUAAUAAUAAUUAUUCUAACAGUAUUAUAACUGAACUGGUGUAACAUUGUGUGUUGUCAUCCUGUUAAUCUCAUUAUUUUGGGAUAUGGCUGUCAUGACUCGCAGUUAUUCCUGCUUCUUUGUCUGCUUUUUGUUUUUUAGUCUUCAAAAUACUUCUGUCUCUGAAAGUAUUUCAGUGAUUUUUCAGUUGUAACUGCAAUAAACUGAUUUUUAGAAAAAUGAACUCCUCUGUGUUGUGGGAUUUAUUCAUAGGGCUGCUACUUUUGAUGAGCACGAAGUGGUGUCUCUGCGGUCUCGCGCAUGCAGCAGUCAGACCACUAGGGGGAGACAAAAAUAUACUCAGCCACAUAGGCACCACAGAGGAUGGCUGCAGAUUAAGAUUCAUAGUCCCUGAUUGGUGAUUCAACACUGGACCGUUUUGAUCACAUAUUGUUUAAAGAUGGUUUGUGUAAAAAUAUUGAUGAAGAAGAAUUAGAAAGAUAAUCCAUAUGGAGAAGCAAGCUCAAUAGACAAACUUUUUAUACUGUUCAGUCUUUUCAGUUCAAAGUUUAACCGCUGAACACAGAGUAAGUGAUUUUAUUGUAAGGAUUGCCGAUUAUUUUUUAAUGAGGGAAACUCUCAAUAGGAUGGGAUAUAAUUGAAUAUAAGAAAAUUUAAAAAGGUUCAAAUUAUUCAUUUCAUAAACUUUUAGCAUGACUCAAGAUGUAGAAUAUGAAUCAUGUGGCUGCGGUAGAGCAAUAGUGCUCUCCCCUGUGUCCAUUAGGGACGCACUGAUCUGAUAUUUGAUAUUGGUAUCAGUCCUGAUACUGAAGAAAAUUCUACAUUGGAUAUCAUGACAAUGGACCCGGUGCACAAGGGCCGAUCUAUUCUGUCUAACUUCAUGCUAUGCGCCGUGAGUGUCAUCCACAAGUAAACACGCUGAGCCGUUGCCCACACUGUUUUUAAAAUGGAGCAAGCAAAGGGGUUUGCUAUCUUGACCUUUAUCACAAUACCUCAGCCUACAAGCUCAAC